GCAGGGCAAAGCGGAGUCUGUGCAGCGGAACAAGCCUGGUGUCGAGUUUUGGACAGAGAGCAGCCGGGAUACUCCAGCUCAUGAUAUGCUCCUGCAACCUGUUGCCACCUUUGUGUCUGAAACUUUUUACCGCGAGGUAAUGGACUAUUAGAGAGACUUUUAACAGGGCCUCCACAGCAACUUAAAAGCGAGAAGUCUAAAUUGCCGCUGCCCUCCCAACACCCACAGCCUAAACACAAGCAGCGACCAUGGGCAAACAGAACAGCAAGCUACGUCCCGACGUGAUGCAGGACCUGAUGGAGAACACAGACUUCACCGAGCAUGAGAUCAUGGAGUGGUACAAGGGCUUCUUGCGGGACUGCCCCAGCGGCGCGCUCUCCAUGGAGGAGUUCAAGAAGAUCUACGCCAACUUCUUCCCUUAUGGAGACGCCUCAAAGUUCGCCGAACAUGUCUUCCGCACUUUUGACGCCAAUGGAGAUGGGACCAUAGACUUUAGGGAGUUCAUCAUCGCCCUGAGUGUGACCUCUCGUGGUCGGCUGGACCAGAAGCUGAAGUGGGCAUUCAGUAUGUACGAUCUGGACGGGAAUGGAUACAUUAGCAAGGCCGAGAUGCUGGAGAUCGUUACGGCUAUUUACAAGAUGGUUUCCUCUGUGAUGAAGAUGCCUGAGGAUGAGUCCACACCUGAGAAACGCACAGACAAGAUCUUCAGGCAGAUGGACUUAAAUCGAGAUGGUAAACUGUCUCUUGAGGAGUUUGUUGAGGGAGCGAAGAACGAUCCCUCCAUUGUCCGGCUGCUUCAGUGCGAUCCCAGCAGUGCUGGGCAGUAGAAAACUGGACUUUUUUUCCAUCGCAGUUUGAUUAAUAUAACACAUUUUCAAAAUCUCUCCAAGCUGACCCACCUGAGAUUGUUCAGAUUUGAUCACUUGAGCUAUAGAGGCCCAUUAACAAACACACACACAUAGAAAACAUGCAACAACUGUGCAUACUACAAGUACCAAAGCCUGGCGCAUAUCUAACCUUUCAGACGGCCACAUGCACAUGCUCUAAAUGUGCCUCUGUUUGGUCAAAAGCUGAAGACAACAUGGGUCUCAUAUAUGGUACAAAUAUAACUCAAAGGACUGAAACCCCAUCAAAGACUUGUUAAACACUGAAUCAAAGUUGUGCUAUCUCUGUCUGAGAAGACGGCCAGAGAGGAUAAUCCAACAGAUUUGUGAGGUACAUUGAGCUGAAUCCAAGUUUGCUGUUUCUUUUUAUUCUUUCAUUUCUUUUUCUUUUUUUUUAAAGCAUUAUUCCUUAUUUGAAGGGAAUCACUGUUCUCUUUUAACUGACUCGGUUUGUUGAGGGAUGAAGGACAGAUUUUCACAAAGUAUUGCAGUCUAGCUCCAUGUUAACACUGGAUGAAAUGAAGUAUGUGAGUCUGGGACGACAAGCGUUCACAGCUUACAAUAUGGCUUAUGAUGACCAGAGAUAUGGGACAUUUGGAUAGUUUUUAACCAUAAAAGAUUUUAAAAGGGAUGAAAGCUGAUUAUUUUUAAUGUAUAGCUUGGAAAAAUUUUACUUUAAACCAAAACUGACUCUAAAUGAAGGAAUAUUUUGACUACAGAUUACAAAAACCAUCUGUUCUUUUGAAAGUGACUUUUUAUGCCAAGUUCUGUCCACACACACACACACACACACACACACACACACCAGACAUGAAAAUCACUCACCUUUCGGCGAAAUUCGCCGUUUUGAAACCAAAAUAGGUGACCUACGUGAAUCGUGUAGAUUUGAUGAGAAAAUGUUUAGAGAGGGGCGGGGGGUGUAAGUACUCGGGCCUGGUGCCCAAUUUCUGGCAUAUGAGUAUUUUAGAAAAAUAAAUAAAUUAAAAAGUCCACAUGGGAUUUGUUUUGAUGCGCUGGAUUUAACCAAUCAUCAAACUUCCACCAACCCAUGAAACGAGUUCCACCAACCAGUGAAACGAGUUCUAGCCAAUCAGAUGCAAAGUAGGGCGGGUCUUUGCCGAAAUGUCAGAGUGCGGUGCCGCUGUGGUCUCCGUGGGAACGCGGCUAAAAAAAAAAAAUGGAGGCAAAGUUUAUCAAACUUGGAGCAUGUAGAUACAGGCAGCUUUAGUUGAGAAA